AGAGUGAAGGAGACAAUGAACACUCUGUCUGAAGUACUCCAAGCACCAGACCCGAAGAAUCUUGAGAAGUUUCUCGGCAGAAUUCCCACAAUUUUCAAUGUGGUGAUCUUCUCUGUUCAUGGUUAUUUUGGACAAGCUGAUGUUCUUGGCUUGCCAGACACUGGUGGCCAGGUAGUUUAUAUCUUGGAUCAAGUAAGAGCUCUGGAAGCAGAGUUGCUUCUCAGAAUCAAGCAGCAGGGCCUAACUGUGAAGCCAAUUCUUGUUGUUACAAGGCUCAUACCUGAUGCUAGAGGAACCAAAUGUGACCAAGAGUUGGAACCAAUCAUUGAUACCAAGCACUCCCACAUUCUACGUGUGCCUUUUGUCACAGAAAAAGGAAUCUUUCGUCCAUGGGUUUCUCGCUUUGACAUUUAUCCAUAUCUAGAGAGGUUUACUCAGGAUGCAACAACAAAGAUUCUAGACCACCUCGAAGGGAAACCAGAUCUUGUUAUUGGAAAUUACACUGAUGGGAACUUGGUUGCAUCUCUUAUGGCUAACAAACUUGGGAUAACUCUGGGAACUGUAGCUCACGCAUUAGAAAAGACCAAAUAUGAAGAUUCAGAUGUCAAGUGGAAGGACCUUGACCCCAAAUAUCAUUUCUCAUGCCAGUUCAUGGCUGAUACAAUUGCAAUGAAUGCAGCAGAUUUCAUCAUCACCAGUACAUACCAGGAAAUUGCUGGAAGCAAAGAUAGACCUGGACAGUACGAAAGCCAUGCUGCAUUUACACUUCCAGGGCUCUGUAGAGUUGUUUCAGGAAUAAACGUAUUUGAUCCGAAAUUCAACAUAGCUGCACCUGGGGCUGACCAGUCUGUCUAUUUCCCUUUUACGGAGAAAAACAAAAGACUCAAUCAAUUUCACCCUGCCAUUGAAGAGCUACUUUACAGUAAAGUGGAUAACAAUGAGCACAUUGGAUCUUUAUCAGACAGGAGAAAACCCAUCAUCUUCUCAAUGGCAAGGCUUGAUGUUGUGAAGAACUUAUCUGGUUUGGUUGAGUGGUUUGGGAAGAAUAAGAGAUUGAGAAACUUGGUAAACCUCGUCGUAGUUGGAGGCUUCUUUGACCCUUCAAAAUCCAAAGACAGGGAGGAAAUAGCAGAAAUAAAAAAGAUGCAUGCUUUAAUUGAUAAGUACCAGCUAAAGGGUCAAUUCAGAUGGAUUGCUGCACAGACGAACAGAUAUCGCAAUGCUGAACUCUACCGAUGCAUCGCUGACACCAAAGGAGCUUUUGUGCAGCCUGCUUUAUAUGAAGCAUUUGGACUUACUGUCAUUGAAGCAAUGAACUGUGGCUUGCCCACAUUUGCUACAAAUCAAGGAGGUCCAGCUGAAAUUAUUGUUGAUGGAAUCUCCGGAUUCCAUAUCAAUCCCUUACAUGGUGACGAAUCUAGCAACAAAAUUGCUGAUUUCUUUGAGACUUGCAAAGAGGAUUCAACAAACUGGAGCAAGAUUUCAUCUGCUGGAUUGAGGCGCAUAAAUGAAUGCUACACCUGGGAGAUUUAUGCAAACAGGCUACUGAACAUGGGAAGCUUGUACACUUUCUGGAGGACAGUGAAUAAGGAGCAAAAAGAAGCAAAACAAAAAUACAUCCAUAUGUUUUAUAACCUUUUGUUCAAGAAUUUGGUGAAGACUGUACCUUUUCCAAGUGAUGAACCUCAAAGACCAGUUUCCAAGCAGCAGACUGUUAAACAGCAGGGCUCAAGACGUGUACAAUCCACAUUGUCAAGGUUACUGGGAGCUUGAAGGUCACAGGAAUAAAGCAGAGAAAUCGAUUGAUGCAGAUUGUUACACUGGAUGGAUACAUAGUAGUCAUGGAAUAAUGCUGUACAUGUCUUUUCUAUCAUUUUUUCAAUCAUUAAAACAAACAAGCCCUGUAAUUAUUGAGAUAUUGGCAAAGGGGGUUUAAUGUUAUCAAUAAGAUGCAUUUGAAAUUCGAACAGAGCAAUAAUUAUUAUCAUCA